AUGGCUUCUCCUUCGUUGAAAGAGAAGCUGGACAAGAUCCGGUCGCCGAAUCUCCAAAAUCAAAAGCAGACCGCCAGCGUCCUAGAGGGCGUCGAGUCCGCUUUCAAGGAACGCAACACCGAACCAACCCCGACAGCGUAUUUUGCAGCACUUCUCAGCCUUCUUGACAACAAGACACUUGCGCAGCCCGUCGUCUAUCUUCUCGAUAUUGUCACUCCAUUCACGCCCGAGCCCCUCCUCCGAGCCCGGUUCACACAGAUCCUUACGAUCCUAGCGCCGGUGUUGUCGCAGCCAGACGCCGAAGCGCCACUGAUUAGGUCGUCGAUUGGCUGCUUGGAAAGCCUGCUGUUGGCUCAAGAUGCGGCGGCGUGGGAGAUGAGCGCCGCGCAGGUCGGUCCUCGGCGGGCGGUGGGCGGCCUGUUGAGUCUGGCCCUUGAUCCCCGCCCGAAGGUGCGAAAGAGGGCGCAGGAAGCGUUGAGGAAAGUCCUGAAGAACCCACCGCCGAGCCCAUCGCUCGAUCACCCGGCCGCUGCCAUGUGCGCUGAGACCGCCAUGAUGAGCCUGAGGGCGGUGGCAGAAAAGGCGGCUCAGUCAAGGAAAGAGAAGAAGGGAUCCGAGACGGCUCAUGACCCGGAGUUAAUUCAUGCGCUUCAACUGGUCAAAACGGUAGCAUCGGCCAGCGGUGGGUGGCCCAGCAAAAAGAUCGAGUCCUUGUGCGAGUUGCUCCUUAACAUCGCUCGGUCGGGAAACGAGCACAUGAGCAUGGCUGUGUUUGAUAUUUUCGAAAUGAUCUUUGAGGGAAUGGCAGACGAGGUUGCCUCAGCCAAACUUCCGAGGUUACUUGAGAUCAUCAAGGAACUGCGCCCCGCGCCCAACGACACACAACUCCUUCCGCCGUGGAUCGCCAUUCUAUCCAGAGCCUACGAUGUCUCAGCGCAGAUCUCUCCGGAGGAAACAUUUCAGGAAUUGUUGGAUCCUUUCAACAUGGUUGCUGGGUAUCUAGAGUCAGAAGCGAAGAACAUCCGAAUCUCCGCCUCGGAGUGCCUGGUUUCGUUCAUGGCGAAUUGUGUUCCAAGACAGGUACUUGUUGACCCAUCAAUAUACGAGGAAAAAGUCAUUCAGAAGCUCGUGGACACGGUCGAAGGUCUCCUCACAGUCAAGUACCAAGCAGCCUGGCUAGAGACGUUCAACGUCAUUGGCGCCAUGUUUGACGCUCUGCGGUGGAGAGCGAACCCUUAUCUCCUCUCGGUCGUGAAGAGCAUUGGUGAGAUGCGGGGCAAUGAUUCAUUCACAGGGAAGCAGGAGGCCGACGAAGUCCUUGGGAAGGCUAUUCGAGCGAUGGGCCCGGAGGCGGUGUUAAGUGUCCUCCCCUUGAAUCUCGCAAAGCCGGCAAAGGGUCAGCCCGGCAGAGCGUGGAUGCUUCCGCUUCUGCGGGAUUACACAUCAAAUACAAACCUUGGGCACUUUAAAACCGAAUUUGUGCCCUUGAGCGCGGCCAUGUUCCAGCGCGUGCUAGAUCAUGGCGCGGCCGCGAAGACGAUGGAGGUUAAGAUCUUUGAGACUGUGGUGCAACAGAUUUGGUCCAUCCUUCCUGGAUACUGCGAUCUGCCGAUGGACCUUGUGGAGGCUUUCGACAAGGGCUUCGCCGAGAUGCUGACGACGUUGCUCUACGAGCAGGUUGAGUUGCGGCUCGACGUGUGCCGUGCGCUCAAAGCGCUCGUCGAAUCUAAUCAGGUCAUCGCCUCGGCAUCUGAUGAGGAGGAUCCAAUCGUGCAGAGCAGGGUAAGUAAGGAAACUGCACAAAGGAAUCUGGAGUAUCUCGGGACUACGUUCGCUGCGGACUUCCUUGCGGUGCUCUUCAACGUCUAUAGCACGACUCUACCGCAGAAACGAGGGCCGGUUUUGCAAACCAUCAACGCUUAUCUGAGUAUCAUACCCCCGGCUCGGCUCACGGAGACAUUUGAUCUUGUGUGCGAGAAACUAGCGGUGGCACUUCAGGAACCACCGCCAAAGAAAAGCCAACAGAACGGGGAGCAAGUGCCUUCCACCGCACACACGCUUAUGGACCUCGUGGUUACCAUGUCUAUCUACCUCCCAAGGGAGAGCUUUGAGGCUCUCUUCAAGAUUGCAUCACUUGUUGUUUUCAAGGACGAUGACCCGCAGUUGCAGAAGAAGGCUUACAAGCUAAUCCCGCGGCUGGCGGACUCGGAGAUUGGAAAGGCCGCUCUUGAGCAGAGACACGCAGAACUUCAAACCCUCAUCUUAUCGAGCACCGAGAAGGUCUCUGCGCCAGCCAGGCGAGAGCGGCUUGCUGCGAUUACUUCUCUGAUUCCUUUUAUCCCGAACACGUCUUUACACUUCAUACCCUCAGUCCUUUCCGAGGUCGUCAUCAGUUGCAAGGAGCAAAACGAGAAGGCUCGGACAACUGCCUUUGAUCUGCUGGUCCUCAUGGGCCACAAGAUGAUGGAGGCGAACGGAGCCAUGAUUGACAACAGCAAGGUUCCGCACAUGCCAAAGGACGCACCGGCCGCGACAGCCUCGACUGAGGAAUAUUUUACCAUGGUCAGCGCUGGCCUCGCUGGUAGUACGCCUCACAUGAUCUCGGCCACCAUCACGGCCAUCACCCGUAUCCUCUACGAGUUCCGCGAGGCGCUGAGCCACGAGACCAUGUCGGACCUGGUACAAACCAUGGACCUGUUCCUAACAUCAAACAACCGAGAGAUUGUCAAGAGUGUCCUUGGCUUCGUCAAGGUCUGCGUCAUUAGCUUACCCACUGACUUGAUCACGCCCCGCCUCCCGACCCUGAUUCCUAACGUCAUGGUCUGGAGCCACGAGCAUAAGGGCCACUUCCGUGCCAAGGUCAAGCACAUCCUGGAGCGGAUGGUGCGGCGGUUUGGCGUGGAUACCGUCAACAAGCAUUGCCCCGAGGCAGACCGGAAGCUUAUCACCAAUAUCCGCAAGACCAAAGAACGCAACAAGCGUAAGAAGGCGGCGGCCAAGGAUGGAGACGAGUCCGGUGCCGAAGGUGCAGGCGGCAGACGCAAGAGCCGGUUUGAAAGCGAGUACGAUCAGGCCCUGUACAGCAGCGACGAGUCGGACGAGGCGGCCGACCACUCGGACGACUCAGACGCCGAGAUGACGGGCAACCACGCCGCGCGCAGACAGCGCAAGGCCGGAAACGCAUACAUCCUUGAAGACGAGGACGAACCGCUCGACCUGCUUGACCGCGCCGCCCUCGCUAAUAUCUCGUCUACCAAGCCCGUCAAGCUCAAGCGGCCGACCAAGACCAAGGCCAAGACCGAUCCGGACGGGAAGCUCAUUCUAGGUCAGGAGGACGAGGACGGGGCCAUGGAUAUCGACGCCCCUGCUGGGACUGGAGAGGCGGAGAGCGGCGUGGGUGCUUAUGUCGCCGCCCUUAGGGGCAAGGACAUACCCCGACGAGGCCUGCGCGGCAAGCUCAAGUGGAACCGAGGGAGAAAGAACGCGGAUGAUGAGGAUGACAGCGAUGAUGGCGGGAUGGAGAUUGACGAGUCCGCUGCCAAGGCAAUUAGGGAUAGGGCAGGCAGCGGCAACAACGGUCGCAGGAGGGGAGGCGAUGGGAGGGGGCGGGGCGGACCGUUUGGCAGGGGCGGGAAAUCAGGGGGUCGCGGCGGGAAAGGGGGAAUUGCGGCGGGCAGGAGAGGGCUGGGCCAGGAGAAGCGGAGAGGACCGGCCAUCCAUGGCAGUAGGAUCAGUAAAAGCGGGAAGGGGAGAUCAUGA